AUGGGUGAUUUGUAUCUCACAGUUUGCCCAAACUGGUGCUUUACCACCAAUCUAAGUUGUCAUUAUAAUGGUAGGAUUAUUCUUGCCUGGGACCCUGAUGUGUUCAAAAUGGAUAUCAUCCAUAUGGGAAGUCAGUUGAUCCACACAUACAUCACUGUAAGAAGCUCCGAUAAGGGGUUUUUUUGUUCAUUCAUUUAUGGUUUCAACACUCCUGCUGAGAGAGAACCUUUAUGGUCCACCUUGUCUUCUUUUGCCUCCCUUAACCAGCAUGCAUGGUUGAUUAUGGGAGAUUUCAAUUCCAUCAUGGAAAUGGAGGACAGAAUUGGCUCACCUGUGAGGUUGGCUGAUAUCAAACCAAUGAGGAACUGCAUGGCCACUUGCAAACUCUCACAAGUCAAGACAGUUGGAAGGCAUUUCACUUGGAAUAACAAGCAGGAAGGGGAGGCUAGGGUUUUCUCCAGAAUAGAUAGAGUGUUGUCCAAUACUGCUUGGGAUGACAUGUUUGCUACUGCUGAAGCAAUGUAUCUGCCUGAAGGGACCUAUGAUCAUUGCCCUAUGAUAUUGAAUACCUUCACUACCAAUCAGUCAAAGAAACCCUUCAGGUUUUAUAACAUGUGGACUUCAUCUCCUGACUUUCUUCCACUGGUGGAAAGACACUGGCACAGGUUUGUCUAUGGAUGCCACAUGUUUAGAAUCACUCAGAAACUCAAAUGGAUCAAACAGGAUCUAAGGGUCCUGAAUAAAUCUGGUUAUAGUAAUCUUGAAGCAACCAAAACUCAACUGCAACACCAACUUGCUGCUAUUCAAAACAAGCUCCAUAAUGACCCUACCAAUUUCACUCUAGCAACAGAAGAAAAAACAAUUGCUGCUGCAUACAGAACUGCAAAUGAGAACCAUCUUUCUUUCCUUCACCAAAUUUCUAAAGCUCACUGGCUUCAAUAA